GAUUAAAUUAUCUACGUCUGGAGUUUCGUUUCUCGCACCGAGUAGUAAAUUACUGAAACUCCUAACGGAACACUUUCUAGUGAUAUAUUCAAAACAGGAUUGGACUUCUACAGUGUUAAAAACCGCAAGGACUAAGGCUGAUUAGUGGAGGGUAUUCGUCGUAUACGCUACAAGGGCGGAAUUUUUUGCAAGGUUUCCAGUACGAAAAUGGUCACUUUGUAGCUAUGAAAGUUACCUAUCAUAAUGCAUCUAAAGAUACAAACGUUUUAACACGCACUAACAAGAAGUACGGGCCAAAUACUUGCCGAGUAAGACAUAGACGACGUAACUGGAGCUCACACACUUCUCGUUUGUCACCAUGUAUAGAGGAAUCAUCUAAAGUUGAUUGUAUGGUAACCAGUUCGCUCAAUGGUUCUCCUGAACGCUUAUCAUCGAAUCCUCCUUCACUAGAAAGCAGUAGCUCGUGCAGUUUAGCCUCUUGUUAUGGGGUAUCAGCCCCAUUUAUCCGCCCCUCCAUGCCUCCUGGUCCACCAACGUCACCUGUUCCGAGCCCGCCGCCUACUCCUGUAACACUUGGUGCUGUUGUGGAAGCCCCAACAAAUCCUGUUUCUGAGCCUCGACAGCUUGACUCUAUUCCUAACCUUCCAGCCGUACUCCGUAAUCGUUUUAGACGACGUCGAAAUGCUAUUUGUGACUCCUCGGCUCUUGGACAGGGAUUAAAAGAUUUCUUUGCUUCUUAUGUGGUUUCUAAUUUAACUGAUUCCAUGACAUCAUCACUAAGUUUGGGAUCAUCCUCUGCAUGUCCCGUGUUCAAAUCCUCAAUACAACCGCAUGUUCCCAACACAGUUUCACGUUUGGCCCACAGCGAUUGUCUCAUAUCACCUGUGUGUUUGAUCGAUAGCGAGUCACAAUCUGAAAGUCUGUGAUACAAAUUUAUCCUACCAGUUUUCAAUUAUCAUCAGACGGUAUUUAGUUCACUUUUCGUAGUUUCUUAAAGUGAUUUUUGCCAGUCAAUUUAAUAUUUCACAUUAUUAGAUAAUUUCAACACGACCAUUGGCAUUUGUUUACCCCUAAGUAUGUAUGCAUACUUUACCUGUAUACGAGUCUUUCUGUACUCAUUGCUCAUCCUAUGUAAUUUUUUUCUUAAACAUGCUUAUACUUUCCACUUGCUACCAGCUAAUAGCUGUGAUUUAUUAAAAAUAUUUCAAAAGUA